GGCAAGCCUGAAUGAAAAUCAGUGUCGUCGAACGAGCGAAAAGAGCCCAAUGUCAAGGAGCAACUCCGUCCCAUAAAAGCAACAGAUUCAAUGGCUCCCAAGAACCCGCCACGCGGAUCCCGAGGGCCAGGCCGGGGACGAGGUGGCCGUGGAGGUGGUGGAAAGGGUGGGGGGCCCUUGCCACCCCCUUUAAGCACGCCCCUGGCUCGAGAGCGAUUCGUUUCGGAAUCCGGCGAAGAUGCGUGUCCCAUUUGUCUGAAUACGAUGGUGAUUUUUGCCACGGGCAGGUGCAAUCACCCCGUGUGUUCGGAAUGCUCCACCCGCAUUCGGGUCUUGUGCGAGAAGUUCGAAUGUCCCAUUUGUCGGCAGGACAUGCCCAAGGUGAUCCACAGCCACAAACGAGAGCGUUAUGAGGACCUUCACGAUAACCCCACCUUCAAACUGUUACGGAAGCAUCGGAUUGGUUUCGAAGAUGAGGCCAUUGAGCGCUCUUUCCAAGACUUAUUAACGCACCAAUGUCAAGUGUGUGGUCCGGAAUUGGCGCCCUUUCGGUCGUUUUCCCAACUGGAGCAGCACGUGCGUCGAGAGCAUCAACUCUUUUACUGUGAUCUCUGUGUUCAGCAUCUAAACAUGUUCUCCCAUGAGCGUAAGUUCUAUAACCGGAGCGAUUUGGCCACCCAUCGGCGAAAAGGCGACCCGGAUGACAAAUCUCACAAGGGACAUCCAGAAUGUGUGUACUGUAGUACGAGGUUCUUGGACAAGGACUCCUUGUUCAUGCACGUUCGGCGCGAUCAUUUCUUUUGCCAUUUCUGUGAUUCGGAUGGAAGACAAUGCUACUUCGGAGAAUAUGCGGAUUUGAGGAUACAUUUCCGCGAUGAGCAUUUCCUGUGUGAAGAAUGUGAUGGGGCCAAUGAGCGAUUCACGAACGCUUUCCGCACCGAACUCGACCUGAAAGGUCAUAUCGUGGAAAAGCAUCGAUCGGGUUUGUCCAAAAAUGAGGUGAGGCAAAAUCGAACCGUGGGUUUGGAGUUCAAUUAUGGCAGUCAUCGAGACCAACAAAGACAAGAUGGCCGGGGGCAUAGAGGUGGGGAAGGCGGGGGUGGAGGUCAAAGUCGACGAGGAGGAGGCGGGGAAGGUCGUUACCAUCGAGACCGUGAUCCGUCACCUCCCGAAUACGUGGAUCAGAUUGACAGCGGCGUUCGAGAUGUAACUCCUCAAAGCCUGCCAGAUUUUUCGGGAGAAAAUUUUCCCACCUUAGGUGGUGGAGCGACGGCGGGAGCUCAAGGUGGGGCUCGAGGUGCCGAAGCCAAUACAGCCUCUCGUUUCGCCAAAUCAAGCGGAAGAAAUGUUGAUUGGCGUCGGAACCAAGAUCCGGCGAAAGAAGAUUUCCCGUCUCUGCCGGGAGCGUCAACUAAUGGAGGGCCAGCAUCGUUCUCAAAGCCUUUGGGAGCAUAUCGGAAAGCACCUCAGGCCGUUCAGGGAGCACGUACUGGGAAAAGAGUCGAAGAUUUUCCAGCCUUGGGUGGUCCUUCAAAAAAUCUUUCUCAGUUCAAACCGCCUCCUGUCGCUGUCUCCUCCCAAGUUUAUCGCAAUACCAUUCAGCAGCCAGCUUGGUCCGCUGGCUCAGGAUCGAACAAGGAGAACCAAACCAAUGGCCCUGGGAAGAAACCUGCUCCUCCACCCGAUUUGAGCGAGCAAUUUCCCGGCCUGGGAGCCCCAUUAGUUCGAGCCCCAUUAGUUCGACCCACAUCCGCGGAAUCGGUCAAUGGAACUAAGAGUAAAAAGGGAAAGAAUAACACGAAUAAGAAGAACUCUAAAAUUGUGCAAGAUAAGGUGCCCUCGUCGUCGUUGAAAUCAGUGGCAGAAAUGCUCUCAUCAUCCCCUUCCAUGAACUCUAACCAUAGACUGGACGACACGGAGAAAGGUUGGAACGAGGUUCCAGUCAGUCAAUCUAAGAAAUCUGAGCCCAAAUCUGUCAACAUGGACUUUCCAGUUACGACUUCGAACAUUCCUGGACUGAGCUACGACAUGGAAGUCAAGGUUAAACCCGAACCCACAGUGAAAGUUAUCCCGAAAGUUCCAAGCAUUCCAAAGGAGGAUUUCCCAACCUUAGGUCCGUCAGCGUCGAAAUUGGACUCUCGAUUCCGACCGAACUCGGCCCCAGUCAUGAAUUACUCCGUCCACAAGCAAACCAUCAGCCCUCAAAGAGAAGUCACCAAACCACGUAUCACAAUCAAUAACAUUCAAGAUGAAAGCGCAUUUCCAAGUUUGGGGCCCACAGCCAGGCCCAUUAGUGCCAAUUUUCGAACUUCUCAGAAAGUCAAGCAAACCAAUAGCUCCAGCUCUUGGGGUGCACCUUCGCAAGCUAAGGCCCCACCCCCUGGUUUGGAGCGAAAAGUGGGCAAUGGACCACCUCCUGGCUUUGCCGGAUCUCGAUCAUUUAAGUAUGAGCAACCUCAAGGCUUCAAGGAGCGAAACAACCAACUUUUAGCCAUGAUAUCGAAAGUGCUGGGAGGGAAAUCCUUGGAAUUCAAGGAGUUCAAAGACAUGUCCAUUCAAUAUCGCACAGGAAAACUGGAUAGCAAGAAAUACUACAACCAGUGUGUGGCCUUGGUAUCAUUGGACAAGUUCCUGCAGUUCUUUCCAGAAUUGAUCGCUCUCCUUCCAGAGAUAAACAUGCAGCAGGAACUCCUCAAGAUUCACCAAGAGGCUAAUCCCCAAUCAGAAUUGACUUUAACCGCUUGUCAAAUCUGCCAACAAGUUCUGAGACUGACCGAUUUAGAAAGUCAUGAGACCACUCACGCGUUAGAUUCGGAUUUCCCAGCAUUGGGAUGACGAUCUUCGCUCAUGGAAUCAUGACCUCCGUUCGUGCCUUGCCUUUAAGGCUAAAAUAUAUUUUUGUCGAACUUCGAAUAAAUCAUAUGCCAGAAGGUCCAAUACUUA